ACCUGUAUCAAAUAUAACUAUUGGAUAUUUACGAUCGUAGAAAUUGAGGCAAAUAUCACCACACGUCAACAACUGUAUCAAUAGCGUUGUUGAACAUUGGAGAUCGGGAUGAUUUGAAUCAAUCCGUGAGUCCUCUGAGACGUAUUUACUAAGAGCAUCCGAAGGGACUAACACAAUGGCAGAGCUUACGUAUGAAAUAUCCAGUAAUGAACUGGCCAAUAAUACUGACUGGAAGUACACUGAUGGGAACGGAACAGAGUUCAAUUUGGACUCGUUCUUGGGACUAAACGAGGAUAAAGCCCCUGUUAUCGUCUUCGUCGUUAUCUCAACUGUCCUUUGUUUACUGAGUGCGGGGGCGAAUCUCCUCUCUAUGAUAGCAAUUCAGCAUAUUCCUGGAAAUUCCACACCUAUACAUAUGCUUUAUAUUAAUUUAGCCGUUGCGGACAUGAUGGGUGCCGUAGCUACGUUUGUGUCCCAAAUCGGAACACGCAUAAGCUUUAAUUGGGUCAGGGAUAUCCCUACGUUGAACGUGUUGGGACACACGGAUGCCGUCGGGUUCGUCUUGCUCGUGUUCUUCUAUUGUGGCAGUGCAUUUACGCUCCUAAUCUUCUCUAUACUUCGCUAUGUCGCCAUAGCAUACCCACUUAAGUAUAGCGCUAUUUUCACAAAGAAGAACAUCUUUGUCUUUGUCACAAUCUGUUGGAUAGUUUCUGCAGUGAUUAGUGCACCGGGACUCUGUGGUAUCAUAUUUAAGAGGAAUCCCCACUGCAAGCCGUGGAAUUACGUGUGGCCUUGUAUUAUCGGGGGUGUGUUCAUCGCCGUCGUUGCGUUAUAUGCUCGCGUCUCCCGGGGCCUAUGGAGUCGAUCAAAUAGUGCCGUUUCGGAGCACCAAGCGGAUGACAAUUACAAGGCCUUUGUUACCACCCUCAUUCUCACCAGCACGCUUCUAAUUUCCAUGCUGCCGUUCGUAAUUUUCAAAAUUCUGCGAUUACACGCCGAGCAGACAGACAAAAUAACUCCAUUUGUAUUCAACAAUUUCAUCUGCUAUUUACCAUAUAUUAAUUUCCUUUCGGACCCGCUGGUAUACGGCGCAAGGACACGGGACGUUCGGGAGGGCUACAAGCACCUCCUACAAAGCAUGGGACUAAACAAGGAGUACGAUAGGCGCCUUCAGGAUGGUAUUUCAGCAGCAAAGCAAACGGAGGAUACUGGGGUCUAAGGCGAUAUAUACCACGGCAAUCAUAAUGACAUUUUGUCAGACAGAGGAGAUGCAUAAGAAUACCGAACAUAGUUUUUUGACAGACAAGCAUAAAUCAUGCAGAGAAACAUGCAGGUUGAUUUCAAUUAGCCAAAAAAUAAAUUACGUUUUAGACCUGUUGAUGUUAUAGCAAUUUAGUAGAUCAUAACUUAUCCUGCUUCACUAACUCAGGUCUACAGCAACCUUCUCACCAGUUCAAUCUAUUUCACAGUAGGCAUGUUCACCAAGCCUUCACAACCACCGGUAUGUUUAUCACUUGAGAUAACUCGUAUCAUAUCACUGUUCUCAUUGGCACGUAUGACUAGCUUGAUACGAGUUACAUUUCACAUAUUCUGCACUUGCAUGCUCAGAAUGUUAACAUUAAUGUAAGUUGUUAAACUCAAUUAACAAGAGUUCACAUGAUCACUAGUAAUUUGUUAACCAUCGCACUGGUUUGUUUUACUGGCGUCUCCUCUGUAAUUUAAUUGAUAUAUCGCAAGGUAUAUAACACCUUAGAUCUCCGUACGCUUCGCUUGUCACCUCUGCACGGGUCAUUUAACCCGCGAAUGACACCUUGGAUGCACCUCGGAUGUCAUCAUCACGUUCCAAUGACGUCACUGAUUUACGUUCCUCAGAGAACAGGACACUCCAAAUGUUGAAACACCAACACGCAUGCCCAAGAUGUCGUCAAGUGCAAAUAUGAUUUAUGUUGUUAGGAAAAGUCGCACAUCUUCGAUUCUCUAGAUAUAGAGUGUCACAAACAUGACCUGCAAGAUAAACGUUGCUAUGACACCCACAAUAAUUUGUGUAAAAUUAGAGGGAAUUGGUGGGUGUCGAGCUUAUAAAUGCGAAGACGAAUGGGUUAAAACGUGCUACUGAAGUUAGCGCACUUUCAAAAUAUCUGUAGUGAAUGGUGAUAACAGCAUCAAUUGAAGUGAAGAAACCAUUCGAUUGUGAAUUCGGAGCAAAGAUAUAUGGCCUCAAAUAAGCGAUAAUCCUAAGAUGAAGGUGGUGAACCACAUGACGCGUUUUACUCCAGUGCGUUCAUUGAUUACAUCCCCGGGCAAAUGCAUCGAAGCAAAUACAUUUCGUGUUUGUCAAAUGAUGACACGCCGAUUAUCUAAUGAAGGAACAAUGUGCUUCAUUUGUCACAGAGCGAAUGGCAAAAAGCUUAUAUAAUGAGUAAAUCUAGGCUGUGUUAAGUUAUUAGGUGCAUUCUAUCCUUUAUAGUGCAGCGUGUAGCAUGAUUCCUGAGGGCCAAUUCUGACACGAAAAAGAGGAUUGGGCAUGAUCAUUUUCUGUUAAACAUUGAGAACAUUUCAUUCCUUCAUAUGUUACGAAU